CGUGCCGGUGUGAAGAAUAGAAAAUUCCGAGAAAAAAAGGAAAUAAGCGCUCCUCGGACGGUGAAAUAACAGUUUGUGCUAAAGCAUCAAAACGCGCCAAUCUAUUAAAAGUUGGCAAAGAAGCGUUCUUUCGCUGCUAGGAAUUUUUCGUUAUUGCUUUUGCAUUGUUUUUUGUUUUUUUGAAAAUUUCUCACUUACUCGUUUUCAACGCACCCCGCUAUUUAAUAUUGAGAUGGACAAUGUGCAACAAAUACAACAAACACAACGCCAGUCGGUGCUGCAACAACAGCGGAAACAGCAGCAACACCGCCACCACCACCCCCAUCAGCUGCACAUGGGUGUUUAAUCUCUUGGCGGUGGCCUUAUUAAUCCAACAUGUCGCCUGUGUCACACAAGCCAGCGAGCAUGUUUCCGUUGCGGCAACAGCAACAACAAAGCCGACCACCAACACCGUCAUUCCAUUCUCGCUCACACCACCCACAGUGUUGCUAGUGAAGCGUCAUGUUGACGUUGGUGGCGGCGACAACAAAAAGGUUCAGGCGACACAUGCAGAUGGUGGACUCGCGAGUCGCGCUACGAGUCGCCACCUUAGCACAAUCGACGCCGUCGGCAGCGAAAGCAGCAAAGCAGCUGGCGAUGGACUGAAUUUCGCCGCCUAUGUAAACGAUUUCAAUAUGCAAGCAGAGGCUGCUAUACCCGAGGAUAUUUUGGACCAACAACACAUAGACGAUGCCGAUGCCAUUGAUGCGGCGGACAGUAUGCAAUAUGUUGGUGAAGGCGAUAUGGAUGGUUAUUCGGCAGUUGAACCAGAAGCAGAUAUUAUCCUAGCAGCGCAAAAGUUCGGCACUUCAGAAAGUAGUCGAGAAGAAGACGAAGAAGAAUAUCUCGGCCAAAAUAACGGUGAUGGCUACAACAAAGGCAAAACCAAUAAAAACAAAAACGAACAUUUAAGAAAAACUGUAAGAAAGCGAAAUAACAAAUUGAAAAGCGAUGCAAACAAUGGGGACAGCAACAAAAACAACAGAAAAUAUGAUGACAACAGUGACAACACAGCUGUAAACAUCGAUCAAAUGGAUGAAGCCGAUGGAUCGGACCUUACAGAUGAGGAGCCAUUGGCGUUGCCCAGUACGCGUGUGGAGAAAAGUUUGAAUUUGACGAGAAAUCCAAAAGCACAAAAAAAUCCCAAAUUAAUAGCAGCAGACGAAGGAAGUGAGGAAGAAACGACCUGGGAUGUGACUGGUCAACAUCUGCAAUUUAUUGAAAAUUUAGUUGCAGAAAAAUUUAAUAAAGCGUCUGGGCAAACAACACCCACCACCAAUGACAAAGCGAAAGAAAACAAAUACACUUACAGUAACAACAACAUAAAAUAUGGCGGUGAUGACGACGACAAUGGCAAUGAUGAUAAUAAUGAUGGUGAUGAUGCUGACAAGCAGCGCGAAAGCGACAAAAGCCACGCUAAAUAUAAAGGCAACAUUAUGAGCGAACAAGUAAACAAUAAAUCACAAAUGGAGUACAGCGACGGUAAUCAACCGGCGGAAACAGCGAUCGGUGAUAUAGAGGACAAAUUUCGUAAUGAAGAUGAAGAUGCAUUGCAGGCAGAACAACAGCCGCAACGACAACAGCGAUGGCAACAGCAGCAACAUAAAAAUGUGGUAGCGCACGGAGAGAGCCGAGGCGAAAGUGAAAAGUUGCCACUCUCAUUGAUGGCUGAAAAUGAUGGCGAAGAUGCGCAGCAAAAGGGUAAAUUCGUUGGAAGGAAAAUGAAGCGGCAUGAACGAGCGCAAAGUGCCAGCCAAAGCAAUGUUGAUGAUAACACCGACGACGACGAGGACGAGGACGACGACGACGACGAUGGCAGCAAGAAUAGCAAAAAUCAACAUAGUGAUAACACCAACAACAACAACAACAGGCACCCACAUAAGCGCCAUCCGCAAAAGGAAAGUGAAGUUGUUGCAAACACGUACGCACAAAUGGCAGCAAUUGCAAAGAAUGUUGCAAAGCCAAAAAAUCAACAACAACAGCUACAACAAAAAUAUCAACAAGAAAAUCUUUCUCAGCACAUUGAUGAAGUUGCUGACAGCAAUGGCAGUAGCGGCAGUAGCAACAACAGUGGUGAAGAGGGUUCACAAGCCGAUUACUCAAUAACCUAUUUUGGCAUCUUGGCAAACAGCUCGAAGAAGGAGCGCGAAAAGGCGUUAGUAGUACAAGAACAAGAGGAAGAGCAAGCAGAACUGAGUGAGCUGCUGCCACUGAACACCUCUGAAAAUUCGGCCAAAACAACAGACAGUUUUUCGAAAAUUGCUGACAGCGAUGAUGCGGCUAGAAGCCGUGAACCAGUGCAUGCAACAAGAAAUCAACAGCAACAAAAACAACAGCAGCUGCAACAAAAGCUAGCGGGUAAGUGUUGACUUUAGAAGGCUUUGGCAAAGCAAAUAUGUAUUUAUAUGCGUAUAUUUUUAAAUGUGUGUACUUAGCUUGACUCUGAGGCAGUGCACGGACCUUACCA